AUGAUUUAUCCUGCUCUGGCGAAUGAUCUACCCGCCGCGGAUGCUUGUGUUAAUGAAAGCAGAAUACAACUCUUUGGUCCCGAACUCCCCGUUCCUAGCUCACCAAUCUCGGAGUAUCUCAAGACAAUUGAACGUAGUCCUUUGCGAGCCAUUUCCCUAGCGAGUCCCCAAGUCUUUGACUCACACCAGCCGCUAUUCUCUGCAUCAAUGGACUCCUUCUUCAGCAUCGCCACUAUCGUCCCCGUCGAUCAACCAGAGGUCGAAGUCCCCACGGACUACGAAACCUCAGGCGGCGUGAGCAAGCAGUGCACUAUUGCAUGA